UAUUACAGCAUAUGCUGUUAAUUCGUGAAGCGAGAUUAUUCUCUUUAACAUCGUAUAAUAUAGAAUCCUUAACCAAUAAAUAUAUUAGACAACUCUUUAAUAGAAGAAUUAUUAGCAUAAUCAGUAAAUAUAUACAGGACUAACAAUUAAAUUUUGAUGUUAAAAACGUGGGAAUGGAAGCGAAGGAAUACACUUGGAACGAGAAAGAGUUAGAAGAAUUUCGAAUGGCUGUUCUAAAAGAGAAAGAUCUGAAAUGCAAAACAGACGACAUAUUUCUCCUAAGUUUUCUACGAGCAAGAAAAUACGACAGAGAACGAGCAUUGAAACUACUGAAGAAUUAUUACGCAAUAAGAAAGAAGUAUACACAUGUAUUCAAAAACCUUCGGCCUUCAGCGUUGGAACCAUUUUUACAAAUGGGUAUGAUAUGUUCUAAACGAUUAGAAACAGGUGAAGUUAUAGGACUCGGUAGAGUCAGCCAUUGGGAUGCAACUAAAGUGAAACCGAUAGAUGUAACUAGAUGCGUAUUACUUCUUAUGGACAUGGAACUAAAUGACCAUCCCAUACAAGUAAAUGGUAUUUAUGCAUUGAUAGAUGUUAAAACAUUAUCGUGGAGACAUGCUAUCCAAUUUAGUCCAAGAAUAAUUUACUUGGGUAUAGCAUGCUUUUAUCAAUGUGCCCCGAUUAUUUAUAAAGGGGUUCACAUCGUAAAUGUUAACAAGUACCUUCGUGCCAUUAUUGCCAUGGCAUAUCCAUUUCUUCCUUAUAAAUUAAAGCAAAGGCUUCAUAUUCAUGGAUCGAACAUGGAAAACCUUCACAAAGAGAUCGAUCCAAAAUACCUUCCUGCAGAAUUUGGUGGCGAAUUGCCUCCUUUUGAUGAGUCUGAAACUAAUCAGAAGUUGAGAGACUUGGAAGAAUUUUUUGUAUAAAACGAAAAAUAUUGGACUGAAGAAAAAAAUAUUUAAAUAUUGAAAUUAUAAAUGUUUAUAUUUGACGUAAUAUAAUUGUACACCAUGAUUUUUCUUCAACAGUAGAGUGGUGCCGGUCACCUAUUUAACUCUUUUUAAGAAGAAAAUUAUUUUCGAAUUGAAAUGACGUGACUGUCGAUGUGUUGCAGACGUUCCUGUAUAGUUAGCCUGGACCUGCCGCUCCUUAUCUUUUUAUAUCUUUUCUCGCCUUCGUUUGUCUAACAAAUUUCAAGAGAUCGAAGAAAGAGAUACUGACAGACAACCCAACAACAGUAGAACUUUAUAGGUCUACUAUUUUUUUUCAAAUUUUUUCCCAAUAAUAAUAGUUUAAUAUUAACUGUUCUAAUAAUUUAAGAUGCACGAAUAUAGCUUAGCCUAUAUAAAUAGAGUGAAUUCUUUGUAUACCAAUAUUUAUCGGACUGUGUAAUUUCGAAUUUCAACAGAUUUUCGAAUUAUUUCAUUUUGUAUGUAUUUAUUGUACGUACUGUGCAAUAAAAAUGCACUUCUUUCACAGCUA